AGUCACAUACACUGACUCAGAGACACUGUCUUUUCUCAAUUGCUUUAUGGAAGCGAAUUUAGAUACAAAGCAAUCGCAUUAAUAUCGUGCAAUAACCAAAAUGACAUCUUACGUACGCGCUAUGUACGAUUUUUCUGGUGAGCCCGGCUCAUCGGAACUAACGAUCACCACCGGAGACAUAUUAACCGUGACACGGAGCGACGUAGGCGAAGGCUGGUGGGAGGGCAAAAACAGUCAAGGCAAAGUUGGCCUCUUUCCGGCGGCCUACGUCGAGGUAAUGUCCGCCGCCGAGGCACGCCAGUUCACCACCCCAGCAAUGGAGGUGACAACCCCAAAACCUGCUAUGCAGCCCAGCACCUAUCAAACGGAUUCACGCUACGAUGAGACGGCCGAUGAUGACAACAACAGCGAUUGGUCGGACAGCGAUGACAACGAAACGUAUUCGGAGAUUGCACCAGCUGGUAAAUUCGGUUCGGGUGCACGCGCCAGCGGCUUAACACAUUCCGCCAGCGAUUACGAUAACAGGCAUUUACCUGUUGCGCCCAGUGAGGAUGACAUCUCGUUAAGCUCACAUGCGGGUGGUGCUGGUGCUGGUGGUGCUGCCACCAUGAAAAAGGGCAUGUUUGCCAAGAGCUCCGAUUCGUAUAUACUCGGCUUGUAUUCGCCCAAGGAGAAGAUACCCGAAUGCGAAUUGGCAUACAUAACGCCAUUGGAGGAUUCAAGCUAUCAGUGGACACAUAAUCAUUCACCUUACUCUGUUGUUGUUGCCAGUCCCAAAAAGGAGUCCAAAUUUAAGGGCAUGAAAACAUUCAUUGCGUAUCAGUUGACGCCAAGUUUUAACAAUAUAUCCGUGUCGCGUCGCUACAAGCAUUUCGAUUGGCUGCACGAACGUUUGGCGGAGAAGUUCUGUUUGAUUCCGGUGCCACCGCUGCCGGACAAACAGAUCUCAGGCCGCUAUGAGGAGCAAUUUGUCGAGCAUCGUCGGGUGCAGUUGCAGGAAUUUGUCGAUUGGGUAUGCCGCCAUCCGGUCAUUUCCAAAUGUGAGGUGUGGUAUCACUUUCUCACGUGCCGGGAGGAAAAGGUGUGGAAGUCGGGCAAACGGAAAGCCGAACGUGAUCCCUACAUGGGUGUCAACUAUUGUCUGGCCAUUCUGCCGCCCGACAAGAAUCUGUUGCACUCCAAAGUUGAUGCCCAACUGGAGAGCGGUACACAGUUCAUACACAGCAUGGAUGUUGCCGUACGUAAUCUGAACAACAUUGCCAACGAUAUGGCCAAACGGUCAUUGGCACAGAGCAAAAAGGAAUACCAGCGCAUCGGUGACGGACUCUCCGAGUUGGCCAAAUCGUUGGCCAUCGAUGAGCGUCGCGCACCCACACGCAACAUGGUGCCGCUGUCGGAGAGUGUGGGUCGCAUUGGCGGCAUCUACAUUGGUAUUGGUCAAAUGUUCGGGGAUCAGUCGAAACAGGAUUGGGUUCCACUCUGCGAUCGGCUGCAUAUCUACAGAGGCAUCUUGAACUGCUUUCCGGACAUAUUCUCCACACACAAGGGCGCCAUACAGAAGCGCAAGGAUUGUGAGCGCUCCACCGCCGAGAACAAAAUGAGCAAUGCUCAGUUGCAGGAGGUGAAUAAACGCACGGAUUGUGUCUCCUACACGCUGCUGGCGGAGCUGACACACUUCAAAACCGAACGGGAUACGCAUCUGAAGCAGACACUCAAGGACUUUAUUGCCGAACAGAUUAAAUUUUAUCAGGGAGUCGUUGCACGGCUUGAGGAGGCACAUCGUCAAAUUGAAUAAAAGUACGCAACGCAGAGUCUGGCAACGGAGGGGGCACAUCACAGGAUUAACGUUGGACAACCGAUGAACCGGCUGGGAGCACAAUAAGCACGCGUAAACGUACACUUUACCUAAAUAGCUGAAAACAUUCGCACGAGCGCAUUUCAAAUGCUUGACAAAAAAAAAAAUUCAAAAUAUUGUCAAAAACUGCAAAAAAAAAAACUUUAUAUUAGAUAUGCUUUUAACUAAACUAUAAAUUUAAUCAAUAAUCUUGUUUGUAAGUAAAGAAAAGUUACGUAUUUAUACAAAAAUUAACAUUUAUAUAUCUAUACACCGAAAUUA